UUUUGGCCAUUCACACCUUCCGUAUUAACCCAGUGGCACUAGCACCGAAGCGGCGGCGUGAUUUAGACUCGACUAGCUGUCAUUUUGCCAAGUGUCUUCUGAUUAAGCCCAGAUUGUACUAUUUUAACUUGCUGUUUCUGCUUUCGAUAUUUAGAUAAAUUUGGGGGAAUAAAAGAUUAAGUAAAUGGACAGGGAAAUUCCACCCCCACCUCCAAAGCGUGGAACCAGCCUCCCCGCUGUCCCCCCUCCACCUUGUCCUCAACAUGCUGCAAUCCCAUGGAACAGAAAACCUCCAAUCCAAGAGACGUGUGGUUCAAAUGAGACCUCGCACCAUUCUCAGAGCAUGAUGGCUCCAGCUCCGCUCGCAGAGCAAAAUGGAAGUCAUUCCGUACAAGCAGAUGGACAAGAGGAUGUGUCUGAUGAUGAAAAGAAAAACCAGCCAGUGCAGGAAGCCAACCCCGAAUCACAGGGAAUGGAAACCUCACAGAUGCCUGAGACUACAGAAGAGAAUCCACCUGGCAACUGAAGAGGACCGAGUGACUUGAAAUGAUCGAGUUGCUAUUUCCAGAAUUAUGCUAUUUGAAGUUAUCUGCUCAGUUUUAUUGCCUUUUCCAUUUUUAAAAACUCAGAGGACGGACUGAGGCUUAUCAUAUGGGAGUCCAUCUUAAGUUCUGUAUGUAGCUAAAAUGAACAGGUAAACAAUUUAUUCUAUAUUGAAUUACAACCAGUAAGCAUGCUGUCAUUUUCAGACAGCCUCUUUCAUAUUUAUUUAACUGGAGAAUGGAAAACUGUUACAUAUCGGUAAUGUAAAGUCUAAAUAGUGACUGUAGCUCGAGAGAAAGAGCAGCUGUCUAAGAAUCGGACCAUCACUGUUUCCACCAGCUUCCCAGAAUCUCAGUCAUUGUCCUUAUGCAAUGCCCUUCAUUGCUUCCCAUUGCCAAUAAAAUUCCAUAAAAUAAGGUGCAGGCAGGAACGAGGGCAUGUCUUUAAGUAGCUUGAAUUGUAAAAGCACUUUGUAUGAAAACAGGAAGAGUACCCAAACUUCACACAGAAACUAAUUGUGCGAAAAACACAAAAGAUGCAAUAUGAUCAUACUUUGAUCCUUCGACAGAACAGUCGAUUGGCUCUCUGUAUAGACCACUUGCAGCCAACACAGCUGGAUCUUCAGUGUUAAUAUGGACGUUCUAACUGACCUGGCUUUGACAUAUGACAAACCAGCCGCUGUGGGAGAAAUCUUGCCACAAAGUGAGUUGCAUAUGAAGUUGGGAGACUGCUUGAAAAUGACUGUAUAUGAUGAGCUGUAAAGAAAAACCUGUGGUGACAUAUUUCUGUGUAAAUUCUAAUUUAAUGUAUGUUCUUGCCUCUAUUUAUUAUUGUUUGUGAAUUCGGCAAAUUAUGUCAUUUUACACAACAUUUAUCUAUGAUGGAGAUUUUUCAUGGAGGGAUGUUUAAUUAAAUGAAUUAAAUUUGGAAUUAAAUUGGUUUUAGUUGUUCUUUUUUGUUAUCAAGUGU